CUCACUAAUCAAUGUGAAUUUGUAUCUCAUCGAGAUGUGUUGUGUUCGCGCAUGUUAAAGACCGAAUCGUUGUAGUCGCCGUAGUAUAGUGUGUCUGUCAGUCAUUCCCGUGGAAGAGCUGUUUUUUUUGUGAAUAUAUACAAAAUGAUAUACAAUUAAAUACACAAAAACUAAAAUAAAGCAAAAAAAUUAAACAAAUCUCCCAUUGAAUAAUAAAAAUAUAAGUACGUGUGUAUGCAUCAUCAACAUUAUUUUUCUAAACUCACAAUUAAAGUGCAAAAAAGUAAAAAAUCAUCUGGUGGAAGUGUUCUUCAUUCUUCCUCUUCUAUAUAUUUUUUGUCUACAGAUGCAAAAUUUUCUUUUAUUUUUCUCAAAGUUUAAAGAUUGAUGUGAUAUGGUUGCAAAAUUAUUAUGAAAAAUAUUAUUAAUAGAAUAAAAAUACAUACAAGUGAAAAGAAAAAUAAAGUGUUGUUAUUGUAUUUACAUUAUACAGAAAAUUUAAUAAUUAAAUAUUAAAUGUAUGUAUUAUACUAUCUAAGGCAAAAAUAAAAAACAACAAAAAAAUUCGUAAUAAGUCAAAUACUAGUAAAGGAAAAAUAAUUAAAACAGAUAAUCUUGGUAUUAAAAAAAUCUUCAACAAACAACAAGCUGUAUUGCUGAUCUAACAACUAAUUUACAAUUAAGGCGAUAAGCUGCAGACCCCACUAAAAAUUUUGAGUGCAUACAGAGUUUGUAUAUACAUAUUCAUAUCCGAAAUCUCUCAAUACUCUCUUUAGGCGGCAACGCAGUGUUGCAAAUUUGUGGUAGCAGUGUUUGCACUGGUUGUUAAUGAAAUUAAACUGUUUUCAACGCUUCCAUGAAAAUUUCGUAUUCCAAGGAAACGCCGACGAUAACAAAAGUAACAACUAGAAAAUAGACAAAAGUUAGAAGUAUCUACAACAUCAGCACUACAAGAGAAACUUAAAUACAUAAAAAGGCAAAACGAUUAAUGCAUUUCAAUUGUUUUGCAAUAAACACGCGUUUUUGGUUUCAUUCGUAUUCAGGGCAACACUUUGUUCUUUCCGGCCGUAAUAAGAUGGAAACUGUGAUGAUGUGCAACACAGCAGUAAAAUAGUUUAGUAAUGUAGUUUUCUUAACUAGAAAAUAAUCCAAAAAUAAAACUACGUAAACAGCAACAAAAAAUCUAUAAAAAACUAUUUUUAUUUUAUAAAUUAUCGAUUACAAGAUUUGCAAGAGUUUGGAAUACAUUUUCAAAUACACAAUGUUAUCUACUGGCACUUAUGUAUCCUCGGGACCCAUAGAGGUUUCCCAAGCUAUGCAGGAUGGCGAAAAAUUUAUUAAAUGGGACGAUGAUUCUUGCAUGGGAGUGCCAGUAACUAUGCGGGUGGAUCCUAGUGGUUUCUUUUUACUGUGGGUUGAUCAAAAUAAUGAAAUGGAUAUAUUGGAUAUAUCCACAAUAAGAGAUGUACGAACUGGACAAUAUGCCAAAAAACCAAAGGAUCCCAAACUAAGUCAAAUUGUAACUUUGGGUUCACAGGAUACACUGGAAGAGAAGACUGUAACCAUUUGUCAUGGUGCAGAUUUUGUUAACUUGACAUUUGUAAAUUUUUGCUGUACGAAAAAAGAAAUUGCUCAGCAUUGGUGUGAUGGUUUAAUGAGGCUGGCAUACAGUUUAGUGCAGUUGAAUGGCUCGGUAAAUAUGUUUUUGAAAAAAGCCCACACAAAACUAUGUCUUCAAACUGACAAAACCGACAAGAUACCAGUUAAAAACAUAGUUAAAAUGUUUGCUCAAAAUAAAGAUGAUCGCAAGCGUGUGGAAAAGGCAUUAGAGAAUACAGGUAUACCCUCGGGAAAACUGGAAUCGGUUCCAAUUUCAAAAUUUACAUUUGAGGAAUUUUAUAAUUUAUAUAAAAAUCUAACGCAACGCAGUGAGGUGGAAAAAGUAUUUGACAACAUAGUGGGCAAUACGAAACGCAAAUAUAUGACCACCAACCAAUUUAUGGACUUUUUGAACAACACACAGCGUGAUCCUAGACUAAAUGAGAUUUUAUAUCCUUAUGCCGAUACGGAGCGAGCCAAAGAAAUCAUAAAACAAUAUGAACCUAAUCAGUUCAAUAUACAAAAAGGGUUAUUGAGUUUAGAUGGCUUUUUAAGAUACUUGAUGUCAGACGAUAAUCCAAUAAUGGCGGCAAGUAAAUGGGAUCUUAAUGAUGAUAUGAAUCAACCUUUAUCGCAUUAUUUUAUAAACUCUUCCCAUAACACUUACUUAACGGGUCAUCAGUUAACCGGUAAAUCAUCGGUUGAAAUUUAUCGUCAGUGUUUAUUGGCUGGUUGCAGAUGUGUGGAAUUGGACUUUUGGAAUGGUCGUACUGACGAACCCGUUAUUGUACAUGGUUACACAUUUGUUCCUGAAAUAUUUGCCAAGGAUGUUUUGGAAGCCAUAGCGGAGAGUGCUUUUAAAACAUCAGAAUAUCCUGUGAUAUUAAGUUUUGAAAAUCACUGUAAUCCCAGGCAACAGGCUAAAAUUGCUAAUUACUGUCGUGAGAUAUUUGGUGAUAUGUUGCUAGAUAAACCCUUAGAUUCUCAUCCACUUGAACCCAAUGUUGAUCUACCACCACCAUCAUUUCUCAGACGUAAAAUUAUCAUUAAGAAUAAGAAGAAACAUCAUCACCAUCACCACCAUCAUCAUCAUCACCACAAGAAAAGUACGAGUGGUUCGACAUCCAAUAACAAACAACUGAUCUCAGCUAAUUCAGUGGAUGCCACUAAUAAAGUUGCAUCAAUUGCACCCUCAUUACUGAAUAUGCAACCACAGGUUUCAAUACAAGAAGAUGGUAAUACAACAGCAACUACAAAUGGCGAUAUUGGCAAUGGUAGUAAUCAUGCACCACCAUUACAGCAAUUACGACAAAGUUCAAAAGAUAGUACUGGCUCUUCAGAUACCGACAGCUCAAGCGAUGAUGAAUCUCUACCUAAUACUACUCCAAUUUUACCUAGUGGCAAUGAACCGCCACCAGAAAAGGCCCAAAAAGAAACAGAAGCGGGAGCCGAAAUAUCAGCUCUAGUAAAUUAUGUGCAACCCAUACAUUUUAGCUCAUUUGAAAAUGCUGAAAAGAAAAAUCGUAAUUAUGAAAUGUCCUCGUUUGAUGAAAAACAGGCUACCACUUUAUUAAAAGAAAGACCCAUAGAAUUUGUGAACUACAACAAACAUCAAUUGUCCAGAGUGUAUCCAGCGGGAACACGUUUUGAUAGUUCUAAUUUUAUGCCACAGCUAUUUUGGAAUGCCGGUUGUCAAUUGGUUGCUUUAAAUUUUCAAACAUUAGACUUGGCAAUGCAGCUUAAUUUAGGAAUAUUCGAAUAUAAUGGCAGAUGUGGUUACUUACUAAAACCAGAAUUUAUGAGAAGAACAGAUCGCCGUCUAGAUCCAUUUGCGGAAAGCACGGUUGAUGGUAUUAUAGCUGGAUCUGUUUCUAUAACUGUUCUAUCGGGACAAUUUCUUUCCGAUAAAAGAGUUGGUACUUAUGUGGAAGUCGAUAUGUUUGGUUUACCAGCUGAUACAGUACGAAAAAAAUUUCGUACUAAAAUUGUCCGUGACAAUGGUAUAAACCCCAUAUACGAUGAAGAACCUUUCGUUUUUAAAAAGGUAGUUUUACCAGCUUUGGCUAGCAUACGUAUAGCAGCUUAUGAGGAAAAUGGUAAAUUUAUUGGACAUCGAGUUUUACCAGUCAUAGGUUUGCGUCCUGGAUAUCGCCACCUUAGUUUGCGCACAGAAAUGGGUCAAGCUUUACCCUUAACAUCGCUGUUUUUAUGCAUAGUAGUAAAAGAUUAUGUUCCCGAUGACAUAGCUAUAUUCGCUGAAGCUUUGGCAAAUCCUAUUAAAUAUCAAAAUGAGCUUGAAAAACGUGACAAACAAUUGGCGGUUUUACAAGAAGAUACGGAACCUAUAACUGAAGAAGAUAUAACAAAUUCAUUUGUUUUUGUUCAAGUAGGUGGACAGAAGAAAGAAUUGAAACCGGUAGAAUCGAAUACUAUAAGUCCAAAACAUAGGUCUAGCAUAACAGCGUCCGCUACAAUGAGUGUAGAAAUCUCGAAUGCUAGAGAUACGGCUGAUUCAGCUAGUGCCACAAUGCAGAGCAUACAGCAUCAACAUUCUCUUGAUUCGACGGUUCCAACAUCUGUCAGGCAAAUUGAGUCAUCCCAGUUUGACGUAGAAUCAUUGGCAGCUGAACCAUUGGAAAAAAUAUUAGAACAUAAGACGGUGCGCGAAAAACGCUUAGAAAUGGAAAAGAAAUUGGAAUCUUUACGAAAGAAACACGAUAAAGAAAAAGUUAAGAUUUGUGGGUCCAAGUUAAGUCCUAUGGACAGCAGUAAAAAGACUAAGUUUGCUAUAACCAAUAAACUGGUGAAGCGUCUAAGCAAUAAAAACCUAAAUUGUUUAUUUGUCCACAGAGAAUCGACAACCGAAGUUCCACCCUGUGCCAUAGAUUUGGGAGAAAAUCAAGAGGAAUGUUCCGGAGAUACAAUGCAAAGUUUAGAGGGUACGGUAGACGAAAGAUUGCUGAAUUCAUGCAGACAGUAUAGUCAGCAAUAUCGAGAGUUGCAGAAAAAAUACCAUGAGGCAAUUUAUGCUACAGCUGAAAAGGUCUUGCAGGCAUCUCAGGACAGUCAACUUAAGCUUCUAAAAUCUUCUCUAGAUAAGGUAAAUAAUGAAGUGAUGCAUCAACUGCGAGAAGCCAGAAAAGUAGAGGUAAAAAAUUUGGCAUUGGUUCACAAAGACAAAGAUGAAUUUGUAAGAAUGAAGCGGGAAGUAAGAAGAUCUGUGGUUGAACGUGGUGUAGCCGAACGCACUCGGUUAAUGGAUGUAUAUAAACAACGCCACGAGGAUUUACGAAAACAACAUGAUAUAGUUAAAAACAACUUAAUGGAACAUAAGACAAUGGCCCGCCAAAUAGUUGAUAAAGAAUGUGAAUCUCGCACUUGUGUCACCACUAACGGUUUCUUGGUACUUUUUCAAAAUACCUCUGCCACCUCCACUUGUACUUCUUCUUCUUUAAGUAAUGAUCAUCACCAUCAUCUUUCCUUGGAUGUUGGUUCGUCUUCUAAUAAAUUAGCAUUAUCACCUGCCCGUUCAAAUAGCAGUAUAUCUAAUAGUACGGCGGCUUGUUCUGCCUCAGCAACGACUGUGGUAUUGCCACAUAAAUGCUAAAAUAAACAUUAAGAUAGUAAAACAAACAAGUUUUAACGUAAUUUUAAAUAUAAACUAAUUAAAAACAGUAUUUAUUGUUGUGAAAAGAAAAAAAAACGACGAAAACAUUAAAUGGUGGAAAGUUAAUUGUAAAAUUUAUUUUAGAAAUAGAAAAAAGUUAAUUAUAGUCAAAAUUAUUUUAUAAAUAAGUAGAAAACUAACCGUAAAUAAGUUACUUUACACCAAGGAUGUAACAACGGGUUCAUAUCGAUCUCUAAUCUAAGACUUAAUAAAAAACGGUUUAUCAUUAUGUAACUAAUAUGAAAGAAUUCUCUUUGGUUUUUAAAAAAAAUCACAUUUUAGGGGAAUAAAUUCUAAAAAUGAUUAAUAAGAAUUUUUUGAAAAUGUAGUUUUUGAUAUAAGAAUAUAUUUUCUCUAUUAUAUACCAGGUUCACACUAAGAGGUGAGUUACUUGAUUCGGCUUCUGAAUUACAAAAACUAAUUAACCCGUUUCUAUGACACAUAUUAUAUUACGUACUGCUGUGUGAUUCGCAGCUAAAUUUUGUAUGACAACUCAUGUAAUUCAGUUCGUAAUUGGGGGCUUGAUUGAUGAAUAAGACAGUUAAUGACGAAUAAUUACAUCGGGUAAACGGGGUAUUAGUCCAAUUCGUAAUAAAAUAAAUACAAGAUGUACCUUUUUGUUUUAAAAAUUUAUCGGUUACAUAUUUAUUACAUAUACACAUUUUAAUUAAAAAUUACUUCUAAACCUUCAAAAACGUUUACAUUUUUGGUGUAAAGUAAUUGGUAUAAGUAGUUGAAUUAGAAAAAGGGUUGAGUAGCUUUUAUGAAGGUUUUAGAAAUAUAAAAUUUUACAUGCAGAAAUAAAGAUUUUACCAAAAUUUUGAUAAAGCUGCUAAAACAGAAAAUCAUAAAAAACAAGUUAAAAAUUUAUUAAUUUUUUUAAGCAAAAAUUAUUAAAAAUUAAUAAAUUUUGUACUUUAAAUAAGAAAUAAUGUACGUACUCAUAUGUAUCUGUAAUUUCCAAAAUUUGUUACCUUAUUGUUAAAAUUAUUAUGUAUUAGUAUUAAGUGGAGAAAUAACACAUGAAUGAAAAACACUAUUUUUUGAAAAGUAACAAUAACAAUUUUAAAGAUUAGUGUCCAUUUUUCUAAUGUCCGGAUUAUCUUUUGGAGUUAAUAAAGACAAUCUUGACAUAGAAUAAUGGGCCUUAAGAAAACAUUUAAUGUUUAUACUAAGAUGAAAAAUAAUUUAAAAAAAUUUUGAUUGUAUUUAUUUUUAGGAAAUUUUAAAAACAAACAAAUCUGAUAUAAGUUGAUUGUUAUUUUGUAUUCAAACUUGAAGGGCUUAGUAAACUACAAAACUAAAAUAACAUGAUAAGUAUGUGUACAUGAAUUUCUUGAAUUUUUAGUGUUUUCGAAAUAAAAGAUUAUUUUUCGACUUAUUGUAUCUAAUAACGUUCCUGCAGUAAGCCCUUCACUUUAUAUUAUUUAACACAACAAAAAAUAUAUAAAAAAUUAAAACAAACUAGUCUCAUUUCCAAAAACAGAAUCUCAGAUUAACUAGACGAUGAAGCUUCCCUUGUACAUUUUUGAUCAAAAAAGCAUUUUUUUUAAUUUUUGUUCAAUUAUAAAAUUAUAUAUUAAACUAUAUAAAGUAUUUUAAGUUGAAAAAAUGUGUUUAAUUGUAAAAAAAUCUAUGUUGUUGUUAUAUAUUAAUUUAUUUAAUUUUUAGUUGAAGAUGUAUGUUUAUGUAUUACGUACAUUAAGUAUUGACAUACUUUUGCUAUACACAGGAGAACAAAAUGAAAGACUGGAGACUGUGUAACUUUUAUUUAAUUGUAAACUUUACUUUUCCGAAACAUUUUCUACAGCAAAUUUUAUCGUUUUUCUCUUAGAUCCUGAUUUUGUAUGUGAUUGAUCUUCCAACCUGUACACAUUCGUGAUCUUAGAGUAUAUGAUUCAAAUUAAUAUAAAGGUUUCUCAUGAGUUGAAUAUAAUUAUAUAUAGAUUAGCAGCUGUUCAUAAUAAUGCGUAAAACAAACAUGUAUGUAAUUUACAUUACAGAAACUACAUCACAGAAACUAGUUUUCGCAUUAGGCAGACGUUUCUGUGUUUUAAACUACAAAGUGUGCUAAUUAUUUUCUCAGUCAGUCUUUAUUAACCAAACACGGACAUAAAAGGUGGAAAUACACAACACGCGUUGUACGCGACAUUGUGUUAUAGGCUACUGUCAAAAAAUAGUGUAUUUUUUAUAUUUAUUAUUAAUUUAUACAUCAAAUUCUUAUUAUUAAAAGUCAUUUAACAAGUUACAUACUGUAGUAGCUGAUCAGGGUUGCAUAUUGUUUUGUGUAAAACAAAAACUUAAUAUUUUUGUUUUUAAAACAGUAAUAGUGUUAAAAAAACAUUAAAAGAAAAAUCAAAAUAAGUUUGAAAAGCGUAAAACCCUUAAAUUCGACCAUAUUCUAGACAGAAUUUCCUAAUUAAAAAUUAAUCCUUACGUUAACAGUAACUGCAAAAAAUAUAAUCAUAUAUCCUGUAAAAUUAAUAUUAAUAACUCAGUAACUAUUUAUAUAGAUCUGUCAAGUUCCAGAGUCUUUUUUCUCAAACUCCUAAAUUAACUAUGUUGUGUACAACUUUUAAUGAUAUUUAGUUUAAAAGUUACUUUUUAGUUGUAAUCAAUGUCAUGCAUGCCAAGUGUUUUCAAAUUCAAAAACACAACAAACAACAGUAAUAAGCACAAAUAUUGUUAAGAAUUUUUGUGAUUAUACAUAUUAUUGUAACUAUACUUUUUUAAGUGUGUGUGAUUAAUUGUUAAGAUUUAUUUAUUUAUAAUUUUUUAGUUCGCUUUUCUAUGUAAUAAUGUUUUGUUUAUUUUUUAAAUAAAUGUUUUCAACACAAUCUAUAUAAAAACUCUUUUACUCUAUUAUUCUAUUUAUAUAUUUAAAUCCUACUUUCAAAUACUUUUUACUCUAAUCUACUACAACAAAGUCUAUAUUUUUACAACACCAGCAUUCGAUUGUACUUCAAAUCUACAAAAUCCCAAAGACUGUUUUUUACAAUUUCUUUUAGUAUUUUAACAUUUUUUAAUUAAUAUCCAUAUGCAAGACAAUCAUAACGGAAACCACAUUUUUUAAUGCAUUUUAUAUAGGUUUUAUCUCUAACGAACCUUGAUGAUAAUAUUAAAUAAAAUUAUACAAAUACAAAUACGAUUUUUAGAGCAUCCCUAGCAUCUACUAAAUAUAUCCUUAGCAAAUAGAGCACUGAUCACUAAGGAUAAUUAAUUAAGCAACAAAUCUGUAAACUACUUAUCAUUCUCUGGACGGCAAACCACCUUAGAUGUUGUAAUUCAUAAAAGCAAAAUAAUAAAUAAAUUCUUUAACAAUAUUAUAUUAGAAGAUAUUAAAUAAAAGCAUUAAAUUAUAUAUAUAACGUUAUCAAAUUCCAUUUUAAAUAAAAGUGUAAGGGUCGAGACGAAUUUGCACUUAUUUUUUUUUUUUGAUAAUUAAUUUUGAAGUUAAGUUUGUAUUUGUUCAACGGGUUUGUAUAUCGAAAGCGUUAGAAGGAAUUCAUCAAAUUUAGAAUGAAUUUGAAAACGUUAAAAUCUAUUUGAGUUUUUUAAUUUUAGAUUAAAAUCUAUUCAUAAUGAUUUUUACAUAAAAUUAAACUGAAUAAAAAAAAAUAAUAAAUUUACGAUAGAAAUAUGUAUGGCGAAAUACUGGAUUAUAAAAAUUUAUUGAAUAAGUUACAGAUUUAGUAUUAGAAAUUGG